AUGAUUAUGUUUCCUCAUUUUGGGAAGAUUUCUCUGGGUAUUUUGAUAUUUGUCGUGAUAGAAGGAAACCUUCCAUCAUUAACAGCACAAACCUACAUAUCUUUAGAAGAUAUCCAAGAACCCAAGAGUGCAGUUUCUUUUCGCCUGACUGACAAGGAAUCCGGGGAGCCUUCUCAUUCUACUGAAAAGAAACUACCUUUGGACCACAGAGAAGCUGAGAAACAGUGGUUGCUCAGAAGAAGGCGAUCUAUCCUGUUUCCUAAUGGUGUAAAAACCUGCCCAGAUGAAAGCAUUACAGAGGCUGUGGCAAAGCAUGUAAAGUACUUUAAAGUACGAGUGUGUCAGGAAGCUGUCUGGGAAGCCUUCCGGACAUUUUGGGAUCGACUUCCUGGACGUGAGGAAUAUCGUUACUGGAUGAAUUUGUGUGAGGAUGGAAACACAACUAUAUUUGAAAUGGGCACAAAUUUUAGUCAGUCUGUGGAACAUAGAAAUUUAAUUAUGAAGAAAAUGACAUAUACAAAGGAAACUGUAAGCAGCCCUGAAUUGUCAUCUCCAGUUCCUGUUGGUGAUGCCCCAACAUCAGGAGGUGCUGUUGUCAGUGUUCCAUAUCCAGGGGUGACCACCUCUGAAGGUAUCUCAGAAAGCAGCAAGGAGAGGCCUGGGGAGAGUAUUAGUAAUGAAAUUGAGAAUGUCAUGGAAGAAACCACAAAACCAGCAACUGAGCAGAUUGCAGAGUUUAGUAUCCACCUUUUGGGAGAGCAAUAUAGGGAAGAACUACAGGAUCCCUCCAACUUUCAGCACCAGCACCUUGUAGAAGAGUUUAUUUCAGAGGUUGAAAAUGCAUUUACUGGGUUACCAGGCUAUAAGGACAUCCGUGUACUUGACUUUAGGUCCCCCAAGGAAAAUGGCAGUGGUUUAGAUGUUCACUAUGCAGUGACCUUCAAUGGUGAGGCCAUCGGCAAUACCACCUGGGACCUAAUUAGCCUUCAUUCCAACAAGGUGGAAAACCAUGGUCUUGUGGGACUGGAUGAUAAGCCCACUGCUGUUUAUGCAAUUAGUAACUUCAGAGAUUAUAUUGCUGAGACACUGCACCAGAAUUUUUUGUUGGGGAAUUCCUCUUUGAAUCCAGAUCCUGACUCCCUCCGGCUUAUCAAUGUGAGAGGGGUUUUACUUCCUGAAACUGAAGACCUAGUUUGGAACACCCAAAGUUCAAGUCUUCAGGCAACCCUACCAUCCAUUUUGGAUAAUACCCUUCAAGCUGAAUGGCCCUCAGCAGAUGAAUCCACCACCAGCAGUAUUUCACCACUUGAUUUCAGCUCUGGUCCUCCCUCAACCAAUGGCAGGGAACUCUGGUCAGAAAGCCCUUUGGGUGAUUUAGUGUCUACACCCGAAUUAGCCUUUCCCGCGAAGGUGGGCCUCAGUUCUUCCCCAGAGGUUUUAGACGUUAGCAGCUUGACUCUUCAUUCUGUCACCCCAGCAGUGCUUCAGACUGGCUUGCCUGUGGUUUCUAAGGAAGGAACUUCUGGAUCUCACAUAUUAGAAGAUGGAUUAAUCAAAGUUGAAGGGCCAGAAGAUAUUCUUUCUGUUCAUUCAUUGCCUUCAAGUCCAUUCACUCAUCCAGUGCCAAAGGAAACGAUAUCAUCUGUGGAAGACUCUGAAGUGUCUUUGACAUCCUUACCAUAUCUGGCCUCCUCUGUCACUUUGGAUCUUGCUAAAGAAACAAUGAUACCUUUUGGCUUGGACUCUUUGGCCUCCAAAGUCAAAGGCCAAUUAGAAGUGAGCACUUUGAUGCCAGACACAUCCAUAGAAAAAGAGUUUAUAUUUGAGAGUGGUUUAGGUUCAGGAUCUGGGCAAAAGGUGGAUCUGAUUACUUGGCCAUGGAGUGAGACUUCAUUAGAGAAGAGUUCUGAACCACUGUCUAAGUCAUGGCUUGAAGAUCAGGAAUCACUUAUGCCAACUGAAGGUAUAGAUGAGAAAUUAGGUAUAGAUGACAAAGAUUCCACAGGGCAAAGUACUGAGCAUUUAAAAUAUGGAUAUUAUGAUAGAUCCACACACUUUGCAGAGGAAGAGCUCAUUGGUGGACCUACUGUGCCCAUCUUUGCAGAGACCACAACUGAAUCUGCAUCUCUAAUUCUCUCCAAGCAAAUAUCAGAGGCACCUGACAUUGAUGAUUACUCAGUUACCAAAGCACCUCUUCUAUUGACAGCAAUCUCUGCUUCUACUGGUAAACCAGAGCUACCAUUUCUAAAGAAGGAUAUGGAACAAACUAUAGAGUCAUCCGAGCGUGAAUGGUUUGACAGCAAGGUUUCAAUAAUGAAGCCAGAUAUGCAACCUUUGGGGACCAUAUUGCCAGAAUCAGAUGUAGUUUGGGCAAGAACUUCUUCCCUGGGGAAAUUGUCCAGAGACAUAUUGGCAACUACACUGCAGAGUACUGACAAGCUCUGGCUGAAAUCUUCUAUGACACAGUCUACCAAAUUGUCUCCAACCACAAGCUCCACCCUGCUAGAGGAUGAAGUAAUUAUGGGUGUACAGGAUAUUUCAUUAGAACUGGACCGGAUAGGCACAGAUUACUAUCAGCCUGAGGUAAUCCCUGAGGAAAAUGGCAAGGUUGGUAGUUAUGUGGAAAUGUCUACAAAUGUUCAGUCCACAGAGAGGGCUAUUGUGGUGCAACCCACAGAAGGAGGUGACUUGAGUCAUACCCAGACUGCAGGAGCUUUGGUGGUUUUCUUCAGCCUCCGAGUGACAAACAUGAUGUUUUCGGAAGACCUAUUUAAUAAAAACUCUUUGGAGUAUAGAGCACUGGAGCAAAGAUUUUUGGAACUGCUGGUUCCCUACCUCCAGUCAAAUCUCACAGGGUUCCAGAAUUUAGAAAUCCUGAACUUUAGAAAUGGCAGUAUUGUGGUGAACAGCCGAAUGAAGUUUGCCAAGUCUGUCCCUCCUAAUGUCAACAAUGCUGUAUACAUGAUUCUGGAAGACUUCUGUACCACGGCCUACCAGACCAUGAACUUGGCUAUUGAUAAAUACUCCCUCGAUGUGGAAUCAGGUGAUCAAGCCAACCCUUGCAAGUUUCAGGCAUGCAAUGAAUUUUCUGAGUGUUUCGUCAACCCCUGGAGUGGAGAAGCAGAGUGCAGAUGCCACCCUGGGUACCUGAGUGUGGAAGAACUGCCCUGUCAGAGUCUCUGUGACCUACAGCCUGACUUCUGCUUGAAUGAUGGAAAGUGUGACAUUAUGCCUGGACAUGGGGCCAUUUGUAGAUGCCGGGUGGGUGAGAACUGGUGGUACCGAGGUGAACACUGUGAGGAGUUUGUGUCUGAGCCCCUGGUAAUAGGCAUCACCAUUGCCUCUGUGGUUGGACUUGUCCUCGUUUCGUCUGCUGUUGUCUUCUUCCUCGUCAGGACUCUUCAGACUCGUCAUGUUAGGAGAGAGAGAGAGAGGCUCAGCAGCAGGCAGCCUGACAGCCUCUCAUCAAUUGAAAAUGCUGUGAAGUACCCUGCAUAUGAAAGCCAUGUGGCUGGACCUGAGCAGUAUGAGGGGCCCUAUCCUCACAACCCCUUCUACAGCUCUGCAAGUGGAGAGAUGAUUGGUGGUCUGAGCAGGGAAGAAAUCAGGCAAAUGUAUGAGAACAGUGAGCUUUCCAAAGAGGAAAUUCAAGAAAGAAUGAGAAUUUUGGAACUGUAUGCCAAUGAUCCUGAGUUUGUAGCUUUCGUGAGAGAACAUCAAAUGUAA